GUAAAUUUAUCGGUGCCAACAAUUUUUUCUUAGAACUCUCACUUCGUCACCGGAAACAAGCUCUCUCCUCUAAAUCCUACACAUAAUUCCGGCGAGUACCUCAAAUCCAAAAUCACAGUUCGUGCAAGGAGACUUGUUAAUACUAGGCAAGUGCCGAAUUUGAUAGAAUUAUGAUUUCUGGUGGCGCAUGGUAAAGGUGGUUUUGGCGGGGUUUAUUGUGAGCUCAAUGGGUGAAGCAGAUACGGUGAUUGAUUCCACAUGUUUAGGAUUGUUCUUAUACUUGUAUGCAUACAAGCAGUGAUCGUCAUGGCCUUCACUUGCUUCAAGUAAGGAUAAACUUGUUUCAUUCUGGCUCUCCUUUCCAGUUAAUGUGGCUGUCACGGUUACAAAGUUUUAUCUGUGUAGUGUAAGUGCUAACUACACGAUAUGGGUGUUAAGUAUUAAAUAGUAAAUUAGUAAUGCAAUAUAGUAUUUACUAAAUCUUGUGGGGAAAGUUUGCAUUUUGUCAGAAAUUUUGGAGACCAUUUCAAAGCCAAAUAAUAUGGAUAUACAGAGAUCACGCGUUCUUGUGUAUGUGGCUUCUAAAUUAUUCACAUGGAGUUAAUGUUCUCACUUCUACUACAUUUUAGUUAUAUAUUUAACAGAGAUUUUGCAACUUUAAUUUCUCCAAAAACUUAGGAAAACAUGUGGGGAUUAACAAAUUAGAAGAGAGGAACAAGCAAGAAAACAAGGAACACCUUAUUUUUCACUAAGUCUCUUUACCAUUUCUUGUAUUUGACUUUGACAAAGUUCUUGACCUAUACUACUACUCUACACUAUAUAUAAAUCAAAUCUAGAAUGAUUGUGUCAUUAUCGUAGUAAUGUAUCUAUAAUAGAAUUUCUAUCAGCUUUUGUUAUGACACACUAAUUCCCCUUAGCUAAAUUUAGUAAAUGACUAUCUUGUCAAAUCCUCUGUAUUAGAAGGUGGAAAUCUCUUCAUCCAUCGCCUCCUCUAUCUAAUACACCAAACUUCGUACAUAUCUUUCUUCUUUCCUCUACAUUUUUUUGCCUUUACGGUUUCGUAUAUAUACAAAAAAACUGUGGAAACACGAUCUCUGCAUAUAUUGGCUAGAUAAAGAAUCGUUCCUCUCCCUUCCUCUUGUAUCUCUUUUCCUAGUUCUAAUACAGGAAUCACAGAUCGUGCGGUAGAGACAAUGCAGAAAGUUUGCUGGCCUUACUUUGAUCCUGAUUUUGACAAUCUUGGUGAACGCAUAUACGGUCCACCAUGCAGGGUCUACAUUGAUAAUGACAGCAUCCAAGAUUGCACCGUUGUGAAGGUGAAUAGUGAGAACAAACAAGGACUUCUUCUGGAAGUGGUGCAAAUCUUGACAGACAUGAAUCUUAUCAUCACCAAGAGUUACAUCUCUUCCGAUGGUGGAUGGUUUAUGGAUGUUUUCCAUGUAAAAGACGAGCAUGGCAAUAAACUCACUGAUAAAAGCGUCAUCAACCACAUCAAACAUGCCAUUGGUACGAGUAGGCGAGAAUCUGAUUCUGUAAAGGCCAGUGAAGCUAAUAACAAUGCAAAUAACAGUUCCUUGGAACCACCAUUGAUUGAUCACGGCGAGCACACAGCGAUAGAGAUGACCGGGACAGACCGGCCGGGCCUCUUCUCAGAGAUAUUCGCCGCUUUCGCCGACUUACAUUGCAACGUCUUAGAAGCUCAUGCGUGGAGCCACAACGCUCGUUUGGCCUGCAUUGCCUAUGUCUCUGACGACAACACUCAUGCUCCCAUCGAUGACCCGAGCCGCUUGGCCUCCAUUGAGGACCACCUCAGUACUGUGAUCCGUGCCACAGCGGAUCCCGCCUCCAACUCCACACACGUGGGUCACAAGGAGAACGAGACGGAUGGGUUUCUAGCUGGACAAGGCAAAGGGUGUAUGAAUUCCAACGUGGAGAGACGGUUGCAUCAGCUAAUGCUAUCUGUGAGAGACUUCGACGAACCAUUUUGUGGGCCUUCCUCGUUGUCAUUAUUGUCUUCCAAGUUAGAGUACUGUGAUCAGAAGGAGAGGAAGACAACAGUAGUUUCGAUAGGGAAUUGCGAAGAGAGAGGUUAUUCAAUAGUGACAGUGAAGUCUAAGGAUAGAAGAAGGCUCAUGUUUGAUACAAUCUGCACUUUGGUUGAUAUGCAAUACGUUAUCUUCCACGCCGCUCUCAGGUCCGAUGGAGCUGAUGCUUUUCAGGAAUACUUCAUAAGACACAUAGAUGGAUGCGCAUUGAACACAGAAGGCGAGAAAGAACGGGUGAUUAAAUGCUUGGAAGCUGCCAUAGAACGUCGGGUUUGCGAGGGUGUGAAGUUGGAGCUAUGCGCAGAGAACAGAGUAGGCUUACUCUCUGACAUAUCCCGUGUGCUCCGUGAGAACGGCUUGACUGUUGUCCGUGCAGACGUGGAGACGCAAGGUCAGAAAUCGCUCAACGCUUUUUACGUUAGAGAUAUUUCCGGCAACAAAAUCGAUAUGGAGUUUGUGGAAUCAGUGAAGAAAGAGAUGAGACCGAUCCACCUUGAGGUCAAGAACGAAGACAGUGCCUCAUCGCAUGAACAGCCAGCCUUGGCUCCACCGCAACCGCAACCGCAAACGCAAACGCAAACGCAACCCCACCGUUUCUCGCUCGGUGAGAUCCUACGGUCACAGAUCGAACGACUUUCUCACAACUUCGUCCCAACCAAAUGAUUGAUACUAUUUAGGUAUUACUUGUCAUAUUGAUUAGAGAAAGUUGCAAUAAUUCAACAUUUUUUAGUAAUAAUAACACCAAAUGUAUGUUCUCCAUUAUAUCUAGACAUUAACGUACUACACUUGUUAGGGUAUGAGUUAGAAAAACCUAACAUUAAAUUGACCUAUGAUCCGUUCGAUCCCUUACGUAAGCUUCAAGUUAAGCCUACGUAGCCAAAUGGAGUGAAGUGUCAUGUGGAACGCAUCGAACCUCCUAGGCGGAUCGUUGAGCUCGAAAUGUCGCCUCACGUACCGCAAAUUACGUUUGAGCCGUUCGUAUUUCUCAUCGGAGAUGGACAUCAGGAUCUCCUUCAACCUCGGAAUCUCUGAAACGUCAACUUGUACGGAGAAAGUGUCCCAACGAAGAACAUCAACGAAGGGCAAAACGAAGUUAACAGAGAGAAUCACGGGGAUGCACUCGGCGUAGAUGGCUUCGGUGAGUCUAGGGCUAGCGACCUCGUAGCCACUGGGACAGAGGCAGAACUUUGAGCUCCUCAUGAAAUCGUAGUAGUUUAAGUGUUUAGGAAGGUAUUCAAAUACGGGCAUCUCCGGGUCACGCUGUUUCCAAUGUUCUAAAAGGAUCGGUCGAACCGGGCCGUGGACUCCACCUGCGAAGAACCCGAGGUGCGGCCUCGGGGAAGCCAUUAGGGAUUUAGAGAACCUGAGCUUCGGGUCGACCUCACCGCCGUAGAGUUUGAUCUCAGGGAGAGUCGCGUCUUUCGUAGGGUUAAACCCUUCUGACGAAUUAGCAUUGCACAUCACUCGGAUUGAUUUGUUGAAGAGAUCAUCGUUUGCUUUUGAAGUGAGAGGUCCCUGCAUUAGACAAAAAAAGAAACCUAUUUUUAUACCAAACUCUAGAUUACAUCCAUAGAAAGAAAGAGAAAGAUAGACAAAAAUGUGAAUUAAUUACCCAAUCGUGACAAGCAAGCAUGAAGUGAUCAGCUCCACUGCUUCGAUUCCAGAAAGGGUGAUUAGUGGAGAUUAAUCUGAUGUAAUCAGAAGCAAAAGUUCUCAAAGGCUCAGCGUUGAGAUUGUCGUCGUAUAAGUAUUUGACCAACCAAGUAACACUAAAGGGUAAGAAGUAGACAUGAGCUUGGUCCGGGUCGUAUGUACGGAACUUGGCCUUCGUUUUCUCCAUCUCCAUUAUGAAUCUGCCUUCAAUCGCGUAUACGCUCUUGCACGGUCCGGCGUGAGCUAACGGUGGCUCGCCUUCCUCGUAUACAUACACCUUAAACCUCUUCUCCAUUUCCAAAAAACUUACCGAUACAAAGCAGAGGGAUUACGGUAGACUUCUGGGUUUGGGAGGUCGAUGUUGAACAAUGUAGCGUUACGAUCAGAAGAAGAAGACGAAGAAGCUUCGAGAAUCGAAGUCCUUGCUUUGCUCAGUCCUUGUUCUACCAUUGAUCUCCGGCUUAGCUUUUUCGGUGUUUUCUGCAACUGGUGUUACUCGAUCUGACGGAGAGGAUCUGCUGAGAGACAUCUCGAGAAUCGACGACUCUGUUUUCUUCUCCGGCAUUGUAAACGAUUCUCCGGAGCUCAGUUUCUGGGAACGAGAAUUGGGAUUUCUGAAGAGAAUUGUCGAAGAAGGAAGUGGAACAUCGAGAGAUGAGGGAUACAAGUGCGAUUGAUCCAAAACAAAUCGAAAUGAAACCGAAUCUCGUGUAUCUGCGCUGAAACUCGUCCAUUUUCUUCUUCUGCGGAGAGAAGACAAGUACACCGUUUUGAUAUUUUCCGAGAAAAUGCUUUCCCGGGAAAGUUGAGAGAGAAAACAAACAAGCAAAAAAAAAAAAAAGAGUGAGCCUCUCUCUCUCUCUACUCUGACGAAAUGAAAAGGCGCGGAGAGAGUGAAGAUUGGGCAAAGUUUUGUUUAAUGGAGUUUUUGAAAAAGCAAAGAAUGUUUGGAAUUACACUCAUAAGUUAUAACACAUAUUUGCACCGUUCCAGUUUUAUACGCGGUUCAUCUAAUGUUUCCUUAUUUGUUAGGUUUUUUUUUUAAUGUUCAACAUACACAGUAUAAUGAUGAAACACCGAAAAUAAGUAACUAUACAUUUUCGAAAUAUCUUACGAUUUCCUACCAUUUAGCUCC